AUGGGUAUAUACCUAAGCUCUCCCAAAACCGAGAAAUUCUCGGAGGAUGGAGAAAAUGGGAAGCUCAGAUAUGGCUUAUCAUCCAUGCAAGGAUGGCGUGCAACCAUGGAAGAUGCGCAUGCUGCUUUGCCUGAUUUGGAUACUUCUACUUCAUUCUUUGGUGUCUAUGAUGGCCAUGGAGGUAAAGUGGUUGCAAAAUUUUGUGCCAAAUUUCUUCAUCAGCAGGUUCUUAAGCAUGAGGCAUACAUAGCUGGUGAUAUAGGAAGUUCUCUCCAGAAAUCAUUUUUCAGAAUGGAUGAGAUGAUGCGUGGACAAAGAGGAUGGAGAGAGUUAGCUGUUUUGGGCGAUAAGAUAAACAAGUUCAGUGGCAUGAUUGAAGGGCUGAUAUGGUCUCCAAGGGCUGGUGAGAAUAGUGAGCAACAUAAUGAUUGGGCUUUUGAAGAGGGCCCUCAUUCUGAUUUUUCUGGACCUACCUCUGGUUGCACGGCUUGUGUUGCAGUUAUAAGAGAUAAACAUAUUGUUGUUGCAAAUGCUGGUGAUUCUCGAUGCGUGAUAUCACGGAAGGGACAGGCAUACAAUCUUUCCAGAGAUCACAAACCUGAUCUUGAGGCUGAAAAAGAAAGGAUUUUAAAAGCUGGUGGCUUCAUACAUGCAGGACGUGUCAACGGCAGCUUGAAUCUUUCGAGAGCAAUUGGUGACAUGGAAUUCAAGCAGAACAAGUUCUUACCUUCAGAAAAGCAAAUUGUGACAGCCAAUCCCGAUAUUAACACUGUUGAGCUUUGUGAGGAUGAUGAUUUUAUUGUUCUAGCAUGCGAUGGAGUAUGGGACUGCUUGUCAAGCCAGCAACUAGUCGACUUCAUUCAUGAACAACUAAAGUCGGAAGCAAAGCUUUCAACAGUGUGCGAGAGGGUGCUCGACAGGUGUUUAGCACCAUCUACAGCAGGGGGUGAGGGAUGUGAUAAUAUGACAAUGAUAUUGGUUCAGUUUAAGAAAUCUGUUGAGCCGAGUAGUAGCUCUGCUGAUGCAGACGAGCAAACCUCUAAAGCCGAAGUUGCUGCUGUUAACCCUCCCGAAACCGUUGUACCUACUAGACCUGUGGGAGCUGAAUGA